UUUGAAAAUAUAACGUUUAAACCAUAGACUGUAUAAACUUUAAACUUCACCUCCUCCAUAUCGGCAAGAUGAUAUGUAAUGUCCGGUAGCCAUCUUUGUUUUGAUUAGGAGACACAACCUGAGACACGGGGGGAAAACAGAGAAAAAACAAGGCGGUUUUUGUGCAGUGGACGGAAUAUUUUAUUUUUAGGAUUUUUUAAACAUCUUCAUAACUGCGGUAGCUGUGACUCAGCUGGUACUGUGGGUUGUUCAAUAAUUGGUCCAGGUUGGCGUUUUAAUCCCUGGCACCUCCUGUCCACAUCAGCCACUGAGCAAGACAUUGAAAUCUAGUUCCUCCCAGUGACCACACUGAAUGUCUAUCGGGCCAAUUAUCCUCAUCAGACAAAACCCGCUGCUGCUUCAGAAUAAGGUCUCUGAGUAGACGUCUGGAGGGGGCUCACCAUGGUGCAUGAGAAGAAUGACGGGAUAAACAAAGACACAGUCCUCCCUCAAAUUCAACAAAAUAGACCAGCUUUGUCAUGGGAAAUGAAGAUCAAGAAAAAGCUUAAGACGGUGCCUCAGUGUCUGGGCAACUUCAGACCGACUGUUGGCCAGUGCUGCCACCAGUGCACCCCUGACAGUCUGAGCAAGAAGCUCGGACAAAACUCUUCCCUUGGCUUUCACAACCUUCUGAGUGUCAACGAGACGCAUACGAGGUAUCGAGGCUGGCUGGUGCGGAGAGUGUGCUGCGUGCUGUUUGUGAGUGGGUGCAAAGUUUACGAGAGUCCGGUUAGCAACAGACUGGAGAGAGUCUGUCAGCGCAACAGGGUGAAGGAGGCGCUAACAGCCGAGUAUGAAGCACCAGCGGGGGGAGACUGCCGAGGGCAGCUCAGCCACCUCUCGAAAUUCCUCCCCCUCAUUAACACCUGCAUCUCCUCUGGCCUCUUGCGAUUCCUGAGCUGGGUGAUGCUGAAGAUGUUUUCAUCCGUGUUUGGCAGUAUUCAAGUUAACCUCAACCAUCUGCCUGCUUUGCACCGAGCCUCACAAGAGGGAUCUCUGCUGGUUUAUGUGCAUGUGCGUCAGAGCAUCGUGGACUACGCUCUCGUGCCUCUGGUGCUCUUCUGUCACAACCUGAGAGUCCCAUACACCGUCUGUCCCCUCCACAUUAACGGCUCCUUCAUCAGAUCCAUCCUGCAGAAAGUAGGCGUGGUCCUGCUGCCACCUUCUGUACUGACUGAGCAGGAUGCUGAGAUGGACAGUCUGUACUCACCUGUCAUGACCUCUCUGGUACGUGAGCUGCUACAUGAGGGUCAGGCCAUAAGUGUUGGUGUGUCAGCAGCGUCUGGCCGCGGUGGCCAGUGGCUGGCUCGCAUCAGACAACUCAUCAAAGAGGGAUCUGUCCCCGAUGUCAGUCUGGUCCCCGUGGGCAUCUCCUACGAUUGUGUACCCAAAGCCAACACACAGGUUGGUUUCAGCUCUUUGUGGCAGUGUUUUUGGUCUCUUCUCUGGAGGAGACCAGAAGGAAGUGUGAGGAUCCACCUCGCUCAGCCCUUUUCUCUCAAGGAGAUGUGCGAGUCAGGGAGGUGCAGAGUAGAUGAAUGGCUCCCUCUACAGGACCUGUUGCUGCCUGUUAUCCUCAACAACAGAACUGACAGUGUGUUUGGGCGGAGGAAGAUGUCGUGGCUUCUGCCUUCUUCUCCUUUUGCAUCUGAACUCCAAGAGCCAACUCAUCCACAGAGAGACCUCAGCAUCGCCAUCAUCCUCCACCUCAUCUUCUCUGCUACAUCCUGCACGGCUGUGAUGUCCACCAGUAUGGUGUCCAGUCUUUUGCUGUACAGGAACCAUAAGGGUGUGAGUGCCUCUGCCCUGUGUCGUGAUGUGGCCUGGCUGACGGAGGAACUCUUGUUCAGGAACAAAGACGUCGGUUUUGGGGGAAGUUUAGAGGAGGUCGUCCACUACUCCCUCUCUCUGCUCGCCCCUCAUCUCAUCAUAGCUGCAGCGCCGUCUAGGAAAGACCCUCUUAUUGUGCCUCGUCCUUCUCUUGCUGCCACAGUUCACCUCACCAUCCAGGCCCAGAUUGUCACACACGCCUUUAUUUUUGAAGCUGUUGGUGCGUGUGCGGUGUCGGCCAUGCUGUGUGAGGUGGUCGGCAGCGGCGUCAGCAGCAGGGUGAGGAGUGACGGCGUGGACGGAGAUCAGGUCAACAGUGACAUGGAGUUUGAUGUGGUGCUCUGCCAGUCCGAGCUGACAGAGAGAGCCCUGCAGCUCUGCCAUCUCCUGCCUCCGGGCUUUGUGCCACCCUGUCAGUCGUCCCAGAGUUUCGCUCUGGAUGCAGUUGACAGCCUGGUUCGCUGUGGCAUCCUGAUCAUGGAAGAAAUUCCAAGGGACGUUCCCAUCUGUGAUUUCUGGAAGAGGGACGGCGCUCUGACCUGGACAACCACUGACGACCCCUAUCACAGUGACUCUGACUGUGACAUGGAGGAGCAGGACCCACGCUCCUACAAGAUAAGCCAGCCGAGCCAGUGUCCAGAGAUGCUCUUCUUCCUCUGCAGUAUGCUGGCAGGUCAUCUGAGGACGCUGUGCUGGACGAUCACAGGACUGGACCUUCUACUACACACAUCUCUGCCAGAGGCAGAGUUUGUGGCUCAGAUACGCUCCCAUCUGUGUGACACGGCAAAUAAUCAGAAACAGCACUAUGAGAGCUGCGCAGAGGAGGCUGCACACACUGCAGUUAGAUCCCUAAUAGACCUGGGGGUCCUUUCGGAGGAGCUUCAGAAAGGAGGCGUCUUCCUGGGUGUCGCUCCUUUGUUCCAGUUGUCAGAAAACCGGCAGAAAGUGCACCGCUUCAUCUCACAGUACCUCUACAAUUAAUGCGUGUAACCGUGCAGCAUGACUCAAGGCCCUGACACGGCUUUGUUGUGUUGCAGAGAAUGACCUCAUCCUCUGUUUGUGUCGGAGACGCUUGUGUUCGGUGUUAAAAAAGCUGCAUGCUGAGCCAGGACGCUCACGCCUUUAGGUUAAUUGCAUUUUGAUUUUUCAGUGAUGAGACAUUGAUUUUAAGUUUAUCUUUCGUAAUAGCAUUAGCAUAAAGCCACAGGAGACGAGGAUUAUGAAGUCCCUGUAAUCAGCUGUGAGGACUCCGCUCGCUGCAGCUCGUGUUUCGACCAUGUUUAUGUUGUAACGAAGGCCGCGCAAGUUUUGUUUGUGACAUGAGCAUUAAGUUCAUUAUUAAGUCCAUUAGUUCUGCUUUUUUCUAGUUUUUGCGGUUGAUCAGUUCACCAAUGUUCAGACUGAUGAUAAAUAAAUCUCAUUAAUUCGA